AAUAUCAUUAAGCAUGUUGCUUUUUAAUAUAAAUGCCAAUUUGGCUGUGUAGAGGUUAAUGUGCUUUCUUUCAAGCGUACUGAAAAUGUCAUUGUCGUAACUUUGGAUUAAAUUCAAAAUUUUAAGUAUGAUUUGUGCAUAAUAUGCGGAAUUUUAAAUUUGUUAUUUCUUUUCAAUUUAAAGCACAUUUAAAGCUAAGCAUGGCACCUGAUUUGGAUGUGUUAAAGGAUGUUUCGUGAUCGGUUAUUAUAGAGAAGUUUAUUCAUUAAAGGAAGAAAAAUUUAAGUUGGGACGGAGCUCCAAUAGACUCAACAGAUCACAACAACAACAUAAGGAUGACAUCAGAAGAUUUAUUACAACCAGGGCAUGUGGUAAAAGAACGAUGGAAGGUAGUAAAAAAAAUCGGGGGUGGUGGUUUUGGAGAAAUAUACGAGGGAUUAGAUCUCAUAACAAGAGAACAGGUGGCUUUGAAAGUGGAAUCGGCAAGGCAACCUAAACAAGUACUGAAAAUGGAAGUAGCUGUCUUAAAAAAAUUACAAGGAAAAGAACAUGUUUGUAGAUUUAUAGGCUGUGGUCGUAAUGAUCGAUUUAAUUACGUCGUGAUGCAAUUGCAAGGUAAGAAUUUAGCCGAAUUGCGAAGGGCGCAACCAAGGUCAGCGUUUAGUUUGUCUACGACGUUAAGAUUAGGAUUACAAAUAUUGAAGGCAAUCGAAAGUAUACAUUCUGUAGGAUUUUUGCACCGUGAUAUUAAACCUAGUAAUUUUUCCAUGGGUAGAAUGCCAUAUAAUUGUAGAAAAGUGUAUAUGUUAGAUUUCGGAUUGGCACGACAGUACACGACCGCGACCGGAGAAGUCAGAGCCCCUAGAGCUGCAGCUGGUUUCAGGGGAACAGUUAGAUACGCCAGUAUCAACGCACAUAGGAAUAAAGAAAUGGGAAGACAUGACGACCUCUGGAGUUUAUUUUACAUGCUGGUCGAAUUCGUGAAUGGUCAAUUGCCAUGGCGAAAGGUGAAGGACAAAGAGCAAGUUGGUCUUAUGAAGGAGAAAUAUGAUCACAGACUAUUACUAAAGCAUCUUCCAUCCGAUUUAAAGCAAUUUCUUGAUCAUAUACAGAGUUUGGAAUACGCUGAUAAACCCGAUUAUCAAAUGCUGAUUAAUUUAUUUGAACGUUGCAUGAAGCGACGAGGCGUGAAAGAAUCUGAUCCAUUCGAUUGGGAGAAAGUACCACCGAUUGACAAUAGUACAGCGCCCAUUACCCCGUCGCCGCACAUUCAAACUGCGCAAACGGCAAUAUUGAACUCUAGGCACAGGCAUACUGUCACCGAUAAUAAUCAAGAGAACAUAGAACCAACGGAUAAUAAAGAGCAGGCCCAAAUGGAAACGCGCCGUAAGAGGAUGGAUGCUGAUACAACGGCGCCCGCCGGAACAGACCUGCCUGCUGUUCGAUCGACCACGGUCGACAAGAACUGUAACGCCACCGCUGAUCAAACCAUCACAGCCCAACGUCGUCGUGCAACAUCAAAUCAUGAACAAGUUCCUGUCGCGUCAGUUGAAAAGUUAGACAACGAAGGAGCCGCAUCGGCCCGAUCGAUCUCAGACGCCAAUCAGAAGUUGAUCCCUAUUCGGAAGAGUCAGUCAGGUGUUGCGACCGUUGGAAGACUUCGCGUAGUAACACCAACGCCUCCGCCGCAACAAGGAACUAACAAUACUACUGUCGAUUCUCCUGGAACACCUGAACAAGAGAGGCCUCCGCGCAGACGCCAGACAAAUGCGCGAGGCUCACGAUCAGGUGUUCGUGACCAAAGUGUUACUCAGUUUGCCGUUAUCGAUGAUGAAAAUGUCAGUCAACAAGUAACCAAAGGUGGUGCUCUCACUUUGGCUAGCCAGUGGAAGUCGCAGUUCGAUGACAGUGAGGAGACGACGGACAACGAAUGGAAACCGGAGAGUCCCGAACACAGAGCCAUGUUGGGCAUUCCAUCCGAGAUUAAUCCCGCUGCAAUGCCUGGCGCCUUAAGCAGAAUAAGCGAAGACUCGCGCACCAGAAAUAGUCACAGAAAAUAUAUUAAUAUUGCCGGAAUUGAGGAUUACCCUGAAUUAGUAGGUAGCUUACCUCGUGCUUGGUCAACGCCCGCUCUUGGUCCCAACCUUCGGUCGGGACUGAAACCGCCUCUGUUGCAACAGGCGGCUUUCGAUGAUCUCGUUUUUAAAGUGGACGUUAUGAGAAAUGUGGCGUCUCGUCAUCCACAAGCCUCUGACGAAGAGGAUAAUAGUCAGCACCAGGAGUCGUCACAUAGAUAUCGCAGUUUACCGGAACUUCAUAUGCCAACCGUGUAUAGGAAAAAACGCUUCGAGGAUGAGGUUCAAAAUGGAGAUGAAGGACUACAAGAGGUUGCCGGCCGUCUAGAAAUUCGUGUGGUUCCCAAAGAAAUUGGUUCUAAAGAGCGAAAUAUGAACAAUAGGGCACCCUCUAAUAACAACAUAACUCCCACUUCACCUUCUCGUAAGCAUGCUGGUUUUCGUAAUGGUAUCGAACAUUCGAAAUCGAUGCCCGCUUGCGUGGAAAUGGAUAGGAACGUUAUUAUUAUCGACAAUGAUAAACCACCAAGUCCCGUCAAGGAUGAAGUAAACAUAAAUCGUUCACCGCCCAAACUGCGUCUCGAGAGAACUAAAAGUAUACUAAAGCAAAGCAGUAAAGAACGAGGUGAUUGUCCCGAAUUGGCUAGUCCGAAACGAGAACAUAUAACCUUUGAUCCCAAAGAAAUAACAGUAAGACGUCGUAGCCCAGACGCAGAUAGCAAUAAGAAAAGUGAAAAACGGGUAAGUCUUGGGAAAGAAGUCGACUUCAUGGAACAUAUACGUCAGACUGACGCAGAUGCUCCUCCCACUGUUCUAAAACAACGGAGUUCAGAAAAAGAAGAACGUGUGAACCAAAAUGAAGAAAAAGAAAAAGAAGUAAAAGUAACCAGCGAUAUUAAAGUUGUGUCAGUUAGAAGUAGACCUCCAACUCCCAUUCAGGUGAGUGAUUCUGAAGAUGAAGAUGAGGAGGAUGAAGAAGCCGAUGAGGAAGAAGGUGAAAAUAAGGCCACAAAACAAAAGCUAGAAACUGAGCAAAAGAAUUCCGACAAAAAACACGAUAGUGGUGUCGAGACUCAGAAGAACUCCGACUCUUUAAGGCAGCCAUUUAAUAGUGAUCUCACUAGUUCCAAUAAGUCGUUUGUUCAGUCAAAAAGAUUAAUAACAAAUAACAAUAAUAAUAGUUCCAGUCGACCACUGGUGGAAGGACUGCAUCCAAAACUGAUCGACAAGUUGAAGAGAGAACUGGACUCGCGUUCGGAAAGCAGUUCUAGCACACAAGAAAAGAUAGUUGGCGGCGGUGGUGGUGGCGUCACUUCAACAACCACAUAUUCGAUGAAGACACUUGUGCAACAAGAGGUCGAAACAAAAUUAGUGGAGGUGCGUACACGCCAGCAAGGAUCGCCACAAUCGGGUGCUGGAGAGAUAACAUCGAAUCCUGCGGGAACGUACGUGACAGCGACUAGUGUUCUGGAGCAAAGUAAAGAAAAACGGUCAGUAGCUAACGGAAUUAGUCCCGGACUUGAGGAGCAGUCGGAGUAUUUCGAUGCGUCCGAAGACCCUCUACUCAAGGAUAAACGACAAGAACAGGAAGAUGAGGAUAGUGGUGUAGAUAAUGCCAGCCAAAAUCUGCGGGAAACGUCCGUCAGUCCGGCGCCGGACGGGGGAAAAACUUCAAAAAUUCCAGUAGCUGUAAGUGGUCAGAGACUUGCCAAAUGCAUGUCGUGGUCGGGUGAUCUCACUCCCGGUCUGCGGCGGCGACGCCAAGGCGAGAAGUACGUGAACGAUCCGAGCGAACUGAAUCUCAGGUUUCAGCGACGCUCUACUUUGGGAGGUGCUCGUGUAAGAGGAGUUCCCACUUGUCUUAUAGGAGCAGCUCCUGAGAGUUCACCUGACACGUCCGGCGACGGUCCCGCCCCUCCUCCGCCACCACUGGGCGAGCCCAUCCAAGAGAGCCAAGUGAGAUGCCGACGAUUUAGACCUGUGACGUAGUAACGGGGAGUGUGCCAUAAUAUUAAGUGUUUUGCGCCGUGCCAGUAUGGCCGACAAGAAUUUGUGAAUAAUAUUUAUUUAUGAUGAUAUUUUUGUCCCGAUUUCGUGAUUAUAUUGAAGUUACAAGGCUAUGAUUAAAUUAAAUGUAAAUAUAAGUAACAAAUUCCCCACAAAAAAAAAUAAUUGUGACCGUAGAGUUGAAACCAUACACAUUUCUAAAAAAUUUGUCUGUAAUACGUAUAUGCACAAUUGCAUUUAUAGAUUGCAACAUUACUUUGCAUUUUAAAUUGUUUUAGGCGCUUGGGCUGGUAAACGUUUUGUUGGCGUUACAGUAUAUCACCUAUUUUUUCUUCUGUUUUUAAAAAAAAUUCAUGUCUUAUUGUGAUCCGCUGAUGUUGCUAUGUUUCUUCUGCGAACAAGCUAAAACUAUCCCUACAAAAAAUUUUAUUUGUGCAUAAAUAUUAAACGUAUAAAAAAAUAAAAUUUUUUAGUUUGAUAUUAAAAAUGAUCACACUUUUACGUAUUUUGUAAUUAUCUACUUAUUUAUUCAAUCUUGCAUAAAACUUUGUCGAAAGUCACUUCUUGUGGUAUGAUUGCAAUUUACAUUUUCGCAUGAAAGUUAAAAUGGCCUUGUCAACUUCGAUGUAAACUGAGCUUCGAAACGAUGUGAUGUUCAUACAUACUCUUAAAAAUACUUUGUAAUUCUGAUUCUCAAAAUAUAGACUUUUAAGAUAUUA